CUCGCUCGCCCAUCACUUCGUCCUCGCCAUCCCCUGGCCGUCCUCAUCUCUGUCCUCGCGGUCACCGUCCAAGCCCCAGGCUGGCCACUUCCGAAGCCCCCGAUGCCAUGGAGGAGUGGGACGUGCCCCAGAUGAAGAAGGAGGUCGAGAGCCUCAAGUACCAGCUGGCCUUCAAGAGGGAGAUGUCAUCCAAGACCAUCCCCGAGCUCCUCAAGUGGAUCGAGGAAGGGAUCCCCAAGGACCCCUUCCUGAACCCAGACCUGAUGAAGAACAACCCAUGGGUGGAGAAGGGCAAGUGCACCAUCCUGUGAGGCCCCGCGGCCCAGACUCACGCCUCCCUGU